AUGGGCUCAGAGGUUGACUGUUCUGGUGUUUCAAGAGCAGUAUGGCUCGUAAAGGUAAGGGAUUUAGUGGUUCCCCGACAUCUGAACUGAACAACUGUCUACUGGCAUGGACCGAACUGAAAUGUUUCAUUUUGUCAACCUCUAGCAGUUAAUUUGAGUUGUGAAUCACUGGUUGCUUACACAUCGUACGGUGAAUGAUAACAUUAAGAUAAAUAAUCUACAUAUUUUUCGGUUACAAACUCGCUAAAUCUAGCUGUUUUAUGCCAUUUUAUUAUUAGAGCGUUUUGAACCUCGGGAGUUCCUUACGUACAGCGGAUUAUCUUUCUUUAUUUCUAACAUGAAAUUUUAGCAAGCUAGUUUUCAGCGAGUUCCUGAGUUAUUCUAACGCCAAUCUCAGAUAUAGAAGCAGUAAACUAUUACGAAAUCAUUGACACGGGUAAGACUUCCCCAUAUAAAAAAAAAAUGCACUUUAUUUGUGUGUCAAUGUAUUUAGCACGUAAGUACUAAUUGGGGACCCCAUUUUUUACGUCUCCUAAUGGAGACUGGACCACCAUUUUAUGUGGUCAUCCGAGCCACGCGAAGGUCUAGCUGUUUGGACAAAGGAAGUACCUUCAUUUCUCAGUUAUUUUAAGACCCUGAGUAUUGGUCCGGCCCCGAGAAUCGAACCCGUGACCUCCUGCUCUGCAGUCAAGCGCUCUACCGACUGAGCUAAACCUGCCGUGGUAUAUAACCCCAUACAUUUGUUAUACAUACAUUUUUCUACCCUGUUCAUGUUGUACUUACUGUACUUUGUGGUAACUAGUUUACCUAAAGGGUAGAAAUGCUGCCGUAGGCAAGGAACAGUGAAGAAAUGAAAAAUUAAUUGUGAAGUAAUUAGUAGAAGGUUAUAUGAGGCUAAGAGGGCUAUGCAAAAUCUUUGUGGUGACCUAAAUUUGGAAAUUAUCUUUCUUUUAGUUUGUUUAAGGUGACUCCAAGUUAAUUAUGAGCCAAUUUAUAAUUAUUAUUUUUCUAACAUACUUGUGUCGCAUCAGAAGUGGCUGGAUAAUUCUUGAUUUUGGACAUGUAUAAGUUCAAUUAUUCUCGCUUUCAACUGAAUAACUGAAAUUUAUUUUGAAGCUUUGAUUUGGUGAUACGAUCAAAUUUUCUAACUGUGCUGUUCAGUUUUGCAAAUUGUCUUUCUGUUUGUAGAAAAAUUGAGCAAUCUCCACAAAACUUAAAAUUCUUGAGUUUAAGACUGUUUAUUUCAUCUGCCAAGUUUAAGGAAGUUUGUUCGACUGUGAUCUGUGCUACAAGAUAGGUUUGAGAAACGACAAUGAAAACACAACAUUAACUUGGCCUGGUAACCAUGUCACGAAUCAAAUGCCAAUUUUGGAGGGCAGUUAUGUUCAAUUAUUGAUCAAUAUGACACAUAAAUUUCAGGCUCGUAGCUCUAAUGCUGCUUGUGUGAUUUCCUCUUAGGUACAGAAGGAAAUUUGCAUGGAAAAUAAUAAAGGCUGUGGCUAUAUGGCCGGUAACCGAUCAAGAUUUUCAAAAUACUAAAUGACCGGCAGUCCAAUAUUUUUUUUAAUAAUUUUGACAAAUCUAAGAAUGCUAGCCAGACCAAACUAUCAUACAUUGAUUUAGAAAGGACUGAGAGACUUUGUUUCUAAUCAACAAAUGUUGUCAAAGUGUAAGUCUCUUCAAUUUUAAAAGAAAAAAAAAAUUCACUCAAAUAUGAGUGGAUUAGAUUCGGAACAUACGGUCUGCAUACCACUACUCUAACCACUAGAGUACCGUGGUUUCACUGCAAGAUUUUGAUUUUAUUCAAAUAUUAUAGUGAAAACCCCAACCCAAAAUAGAAGCUAACCAUUAACCCUUCUCACUAUUCUCAGGGCUUAACCCUAAUCAGUAUGGUUAGUGCUUAACCCUAAUUAGUAUUUUCAGUGCUUAACCCUAAUCAGUGUCGUCAGUGCUUAACCGUCAUAAUCACAAUAGUCAAAAUAUCGGACUGCUGGUCUUUUAGUGUUUUGUAAAUCUUGACCAGUUACUAGCCAUAUAGGCUACUUGCUCUAGUGAGGCUAUUUUUUUGUCCAUAUGUACACCAUUUUGCUGGUCUUGGGUGUGUUCUGUUUUCCAAAAACCAAUCCAAAUAUACUGAGGUUUUGAACUUUGCUUUCAUUCUUCUACUGAAUUCAUUAUGAAUACCUUUGGUUCUCGGUCGACAAGUGUCAGCCAUCUGCAAAAGUAUGCAUCACAUGCAAAGUUGUUUGUUUGCCAGUUAGACCUUUUGUUUCUAUAUGUACAUUGUACUUUAACGAGAUUGUAAAUUAUUGAAAUUGCAGUUGAAAAUCAGUGUGAGAAGAAAGCACAUGUAUGGUAAUCCACUGCGCAUUCUAAAUCUCCCAUUCCAGCAUAACCACAAAUCCUUGCGAGUCUACUGCACAUCCUAAAUCUUCAAUUCACACAUAACCACAAUUCCUUGCGAGUCCAUUGCGUAUCCUAAAUCUUUCAUUCGCGCAUAACCAUGAUUCCUUGCAUUUGGCAAGAAAAAGUGAUUGGAUGCCCCUAUAAUGUAAUUUUUUGCCGAUCAGAGAGCUGCCUUGUUCGCUUGCUUCAGGUUCACUCACUGCAGCAGCAAUGAAGAGGCCAGUGGCCUUGGACUGCCAUUCAACAGGACUUAGGGCCUGUUUACUUGAAGGUGGAGGACUUCAGGUAGGUGAGGCAACCGGCUUAGGUGGAGUAACCCACCUGUCCGUAUAAUCUCUCAUUGUAAUUUGAUCAUGUUUAUAUAAUAGGUGGGGUGACCCACUACAAGUAACCUCACCUAUCUGGCGUACCCAACCUCCCUGUAAUGUAAACAGGCCCUUAUUAGAUGCAUAUUGCUUGUAACAGAAAAUGAUUGCAUGUCAAUAUCAAUUCAAUUCAGAGCUGAUGGCAAGUUCCCCAGUAUGAUAAUUCAUCAGUGAACCAGAUGUUGAUCCUACUAGUUAAAUGGCUCUGGCUUAAUUUAGUCUUUUUAUGUCAUGGUUAUAACAGUACUAAAACAUGAAUUCCUACACAGGUUCCUAAAUAUCUCUCCAACAGUUGCAUGGAAAAUACAGAUGCUUCUGGAAUAGUUGGUUCUCUUCAGAUAACAAAGUAAGUCUUAUAAUGUGAAAUCUUUUGACUGUCCCCAAAUGUCCUAAAAAUUUCCAUAUUUUUCUCAGUGCUAAUGAGCAGAAGUAAAAAAUUUUAUGCACACAAACAGAUUCUCUCACAAGUAAAAGAAAUGGUCCUUAAAAAAGUGAAAGAAAACUUUCUGAUGGGUAAAAUAUUUUGAAGUUUUAUGGCUGAAUUAAACAUGUUUCAUGAUAGUUAUAUUCACCCAUCAAUAUAACCAGAAAGAUUAUCUUAAUAAUGGGCUUGGUAGCUCUGUAUCCUCUAAGUUUUACAAAUUAUAAUCUGCAACACGAAUUCUUUACUUUAACUUUGUCAACAGAAUCCUCAGAGGAAUGAGGUUGGUGCUUUUUACUGUGUAACGAGUGAUUGUGUUACAAAUAGUUAGGUGAGGCCUGGGACUCAUCUUGUGAAAAAUUAUGAGUCCCUGUCCAUAACAAAUAAGUCCCAGUUAAAAGAAACAAGGAGUCCGAAAUUGAAAAUGCUUGGGCCUUUAUGUAACCAGACAGUUAAUCUGGAGACAGAUGUCAAAACUCUCUAUUACAGUUUGCCGAAAUUAAAAUAUAGUCCUUCUAUAUAUUUAAAGCACAAAAAAGACUAAAAUAAAUAUGCAUCUUUAAGCAACAGCCACAGAAAUCACACGAACAGAAUAUUCUCUCAAAAAAUCUUCAAAUUGAUCGAUUGUUCUUUGUGUCCUAUGGGACGCAUGCCAUGAAUUAUUUUGCGUCUUUGGGGAUUUUUAUGCAUCAGGAAUGCAGGAUGGAGAGGUAACUAGCCCAUGAGGACAAGCCACCGGUCCAAAAAAAGAACAAAGUGUUUCGAAACGUACUACUGUUUGUAGCCUAUCCAAGGGGUUUAGAACUUUCAUAACUUUCACAAGAUUUUUUGCCUAAAGCUAAAAAGCUGUUGUUGUCAUCAUCAUUAUUCAGUAAGGAGAAGGGAGAAAUCUUUCAAGUCAUUUGCUUUAUACUAAGUGGGUCAAUGUUUGGCGAGAACAUUCACACAGAUUAACUGCUAGCUUCUGUGUUAGCAUGAACUUUCCUUUAUCUAUGUUCAAGGUCACAAUUAAAUUCAGGGCUGGGAAACAAAGGGAAUUGAGAAAUAAAUCCGUCAUUGUCAAGAAAUUUAACUUGAAUUUAAUUUUUGACCUAAAAUAUCAUUCUUUAAAUCAUGAUAAUUCACUUACUUUUGAUUUCAGUAGGUUGUAUUUAACCUAUCUGAUGUAUUAGCAAACAAAGAAGACAAAGAUCAAGAUAUCAAAGUUCCAAGGGAUUACAAAAUGGUUUUGUCUAAAGUUGAGAAGUCCAUGGGAAUGUUUUCUGAAGGCUCACCAGGUAUUUUAAUAUUAUAUCUUCACAGAGAAAGAACCUGUAUUCCAUAAAAAAUAAUAAUAACAAUAAUAAACAACAGUGAGAAAAAAUGUUUUGAUGGAUAGAUGAGAUGGUUCUGGUUAAGAAUACUCAACAGCAUAAGUGUGUAUUCCUUGAAUUUGCUGUGUCUUAAGAUCAUUCAAAGGUGUUUUCUUUUUCCUCAACUGUAGCUUCUGCAACUGAAGAGGAAGAAAAGGGUGAUAAAUUAUGUGAGUUCUUGUUCAUUAAUCUGAUAGUGGUUUGGAAGAUGCUUUCAAUUUUAAUUUUGCAGAAAUUCCUUUGAGUUUUACUCAUUUUCUGUCUUUAUUUGUGCAUUCCGCUGUUGUCAUUUGCUCCAUUCUCAAUUAUGACUGAUUUUAUUAUUCAUUACUGUAGAGGGGUUAGGGGGUAUAUUAUACCACAUGUACAAGUUAACACUAGUUGUACAUAGUAACAAACUACUCUAAUAUCAUAAUAUUAUUUUGUAGUAUUUAUAGCUAAGCUGAGUUUCUGUUUUCAGCUCAACUAACUAUUGAAGGAGUCGUUGUUCAAUAAGCAGACAGUCAUCCAGUUCAACCAAAUGCUGAUUAUUUAUUGCUUAAAAAGUAAGUAAAGCGACUAUUAGCAUUGCAGAGGUGGAUCCAGGGGGAGGGUCGAGGGGGUUGCAACCCCCUAUGUCUAUCUCUUUGCCUAUGUCUAUCUCUUUUUCGUACAAAAAAUAAUAUUAUAAGUUAUAAUAUAAGUUCCAGUCCCAUCGAUCGUUACAAGAAGACUGUAGCUAUUCCUCUUCUUGACUCCUUGAUCUUCCUCGGAAAAUCGAUCCUGUAUUUGGAUAUUAUCCAAAUGCAGGAUCGAUUUUCCUAGGAAGAUUGCUACGCCUGCCAUCUGCUUUGUCUCGUGCCAUCGAUUAUAGCAAAUAAGGAACUGCAACUGGAUCGGAUAUGAAGUAAAAGGCAUGCUGUUCUGGGAGAAAAACAUUCCAUUUCUCAAAUCCCUUGGAAAUGAGGUAGGUAGAUGGAAACACUCUGGCAGUCAAAAGAUAGGGAGCUCCCAAAUAACCUUGUUUGCGAUGAAGAUGCUUUUCCAAACAUCUAUUGCCUUCGGGUCGCUGCCCUCACCCGACGGAUCACAAGCGCAGAAGCUGAGCGAUAUUUUUUUACUGAUGAAAUGAAUCUAGGUCAACCAUGGAGUGAUUCUCUGAUCUCGCAGUGAUUGCCAUGCACUAUUCCGAGAGCUGGGGAUUCAAGGUAAAUGAGAUAUGCGAAGCAUUUGUAAAGGCUCAUCCAAGAAGGCUCUUUCAAGCCAGUCUGUUUGAUUUAAUAGGCAGGUAAAAAAAGAGACAAACAACUAUCGUUGGUGCACUGUACUCUUAGUCCUUAAUAAUUGUGUCAAUAACAAAAUGCUUGAAUCUGAUUGGUUUUUGACAGCCAGUUUUUAUAGCUUAAUUUUGCUACUGUAACUCAAAUCAGACAGUUAAAGAACCAAUGAAAAUAAAGUAGUAAAUGCCACUAGCCAAUGAAAUUUAACCACAUGGCACAUGAUAACCUAUCAAAAUCAAAGAAAAAAUACUGACCAGUCAAGCUGUCCAGCUUCAACUGGAAAAAAACAAUGAAUGACACUAACUGGUCCAGUGACUCUUAUGUACAUGAAUAAAAUAAUAUUCCAAGCAUGAGAUUCUCGCAUUUUGUUAUUGACACAAUUAAUCGGUGAUAGGAUUAAAGGUAAUACAGAGGUAAUCAGGCUCGUGAUUUGGAAUUACUCGGUGAUUACUCACUGAAUUGUACUCCAGUCUGUCCUAUUACCAUUACUAACAGUGCCUAAAAAUUCCUCUGACAUCAAAAUGAAAGAAAAAUCUAUAUAUUUAAACAUACCCCUAAUCCUCCCCACCCUCCCCCUCCCCCAUUUCCUUUGCCCUGGGAUGUUUGCCUUCCUCCCAAACUUACAACCCCCUCUUUGUAGAAAUCCUGGAUCCGCCUCUGCAUUGCCUUUCUUUCUGCUCUGAGAUAAUUGAAGUGUGCGUGCGAGCAUGGACAAUACAGGAAGUGGCUACAAGCUGGCAUUUUUUGUUAUCUUAUUUUCAAUCACAGUGAUGUAAAGACCAGGGUCAUUACCUGAUUUAAAAGCAAUGGCGAAGAGUACUUAUUGAGAUUAUUUCAUUGAUAUUCAAGACAUCUCCUCUCCAACUAGACUUCUUUAUUUACUUACUUGAUUUACUUGACAAAAUGUGGCAAACUUGAAAAAUUGCUUGUCAUUUGUCUUUCUUUAUAAAUCAAAAGUAUCAAACUUUGUAUUAAAGUUGUUAAAUUAUUAUAAAAUCAACUCAGUUGAAUGCCUUGAAAAGUGGGGAGGGACAGGGGGCGGGAGCCCAGGAAAACAGGGGGCAGGAGGGUACAGGAGUCGGGAGAAGAAAGGACGGGAAGCUGGAUCUCUACGAUGGCAGGAAGCAGGAGAGAACUUCAAAAAGGCAAGAUUUCAUUAUUGGUUACUGCUUAUCAUCCAGUCAAAGAAACGAACCCAACAACGUUUUUUGACUUCCAUUAAACGUUCUCUGAGGCUUAAAGCAAAGUUUUGUCUGCAAAAAAGUCAAAAAACAAAAAUUCGUACUCGGGAUAAAAAGAAAAAAACAGCAUUACUUCAGUUGAAAUUGGAAACUUUUCCAAGUUGCUUACAUCAUAGGUCAUGAAUGAGAUGGAAUGACACAUGUGCAAGUGUGUUGACUGUGUCAGUUGUGUCAGUGUCUCCUCUGUCUCGCUAAAGGGCGGGAGUGGGGAGAGAAAUGGACAAAAAGGUAUGGGAGGCAGAAAAAUGGGGUAUGGGAAGCUUGAGGUUGUGACCACCCUCUCCCUCCCUCCCCUCCCACUGAAAACUGUGGCAACAAUUCUCUUUCAGAAUUUCAUUUGGGUUGCUACAUCUCCCUCCAAACUGGAAACUAUGUUAUGUUCAUGCAAUAGCAAGUAUUUCUGAAACUAGUUCUUAUUGAAAGAACUGCACUGAAGAGUUUCAAAAUUGACAACUGUGCAUAGUUUGUGACAAUAUUUUUUCCUUUGUAUUGACAGGGGGACAAUUUUAAACUCAAGUAUGUCUGGACAGAAAGCCAACCAAGUUGAUCGUGUGAUUAAGUACAGGCCAGUGAGAGACCAUGAGAUGAAU